AUGCCAACGGUUACGGCGGAUAUACCGGAGCAAUUGAUUGAUUCUUCGAGGGCGCCCGAUGGAGGCACUCAAGGAGGAGGAGGAGGAGGCGAAUCUCGACUCUUGAAGCUAUUCAAGGCAUUCGACAGGAGCGGAAGGAUGAGCACUAUGGAGUUUCGAAACGAGCUGAAGAAAAUAGUCCGUGUGACUCCAGCGUUGGAGAGGUUGAUCGAAACAGAAGGCGCGGCGGGUACCAUGACAUAUGCAUCACUAGUCCGAGCUCUUGAUAGUUGUAAUCCCGAUAGAAAACGAAUGGAUCUACAGCCGUAUAAGCUGGAGGAGGUUCGUCCGCAGCCAGUACUGCCUCCGCAUCGCGAUCCCGUCAGUUGGGAAAUCGAGAUCGACGAUAGUGUUAAGGACGAAGAGAUCAGGAGGGCAGUGGCCAGUCUUCUCGAUGAGCGCAUCUCUACUCAUGAAUUCGUCACACGGUUGUUGAAAUGCGGUGUUGGGGUAGAUGAGGAUAUUGAUACGUUACUCCUUCGGCAUGAGAGGGACCCGUCUCAUUCCAAUUACGACGAGUUCAUCUCGGCUAUUCUACAGAAGAAAGCCGCCACUAUCGGGCGAGGGUCUGAGGCGAGACGUCAGAUGCAGACCCCAUUCGCACUAGAUGCAGAGCCCGAUUCAUCCACGUAG